AUGGUUCGCUUCAAGCAUCUCAUUCCCGUCUCUCUCAACCUAUCCGUUGGCAUCGCCGCGGUGGCCUCUUCCUCCUCAUUGUCAUCCCCUGCGAUCCUCGCCGGCCAAGCCAGAAACGCGCUGGCCGACGACAUUGCGCGCCUGCACCAGUCGGUAAGGCGGGCCCGAAGCAUCAUUGAAAUCCGCGACGCCGACGUUUCCGUGUCAACUUCGAAGCUACAAGAGAUUCUCGGCGACAUUAAGGGCCUAGAGAAGCAAGUGACCGCCCUACUGCGGGACGGAGCCGGAGCUGGCGCCAACGACGACGCCAAACAGAGCUCCCAGUCGAGCGACGAGAAUAACUGCCAUGGCUCGGCGGACCAGGUAGGUUCCGAUGACCCCUCGCGCGGGAAGGCUAACUGCUCCAUGAAAGCCGGCUCUGCUGCACGGAAGCCGGAGCAAAAGAGCGCUCGCCAGACAUCCGGGCCGUCGUCGUCGCCGGCUGCGCGCGCUUCGUCGGAUGACGGUGCGUUGACGGGUGCUGUGUUUGACGAAGCCAGUGGUUCCAAGACCUCUACCUCUUCCAGCGUGUCCUCAUUGGCUGCCUCCAAGUACGAUUCCGAGUCCACAGACAGUGGUCGCAACAGCGACAUCUCUCCGAAAGGCUCAGCAGACGACGAGGCAUCUGCAUCUGCCGGAGGCUCAUCCUCUCAGGGUGGAAAGGGUAAGGUAUCGCACGAUACAUCAUCUAACAAAACAGAUGAAGAGUCCGGGCCCGCGCCUCCAUCAGCUACCGAGGAAGACGAUUCGGCGCCCGUGGGCCUCAUGAAGUCGGCGCCGGGAGAAACGACUCCGAGAUUUUUGACGGCGCGCCCUGCCAAGGCACCACAGCAGGCUGUCGUAACUCGGAAGCCUGUGGCGACGGGCUCCGCUUCGCCCAAGGACGGCACGAGGAACGCGGGUCCCAUGACGAUGAGCCUCCGCGAGGAAUUGACCACGACCACCAUCACAAGGACAGGCUCGAGCCGCACAACCGUGAAGAUCACAAAGACACGCACCAAGACAAUCUGGAUGGACUGGCGUACCAAGUCGUCAACCACCAAGGCUUCCCGAACACCCGCCAAGACGAAGCCAGCAACAAGCCCAACCGCCGACGAAGCGGACCGGGACAUGGACCGGGACACUGAGAGAGUCGCAACCCGGGCCCCCAACUUCAGCCAUGCCUCGCCCAAUGUCCUCCCGCAGCAGCUCGCGGGGGGCUUGCAAAGGUUCUCCAACUCGACCAUCAAGCUCUACGUGCCGCUCAAGGCCGAGAGAGUGCUGUUCAGCGGCCACACUAUGGCCGCCGAGACGCCGACGUCGUUGACCCGCGUAAAGGCAGCGCCGCCGGCCAUGGCGACGAGGAAGAGGCUGACGCUGCCCCCGAGUGCCGGCAGCGCCAGGACAAGCUCGCCGCCCCCGAGUGGCUUCAAGACGAUUGCUACAAAGGCAUCCAAGAGGCCCAACGAGACCAGGAAGUGA